AAGCUUGGGCCAUAUAAAUUCAAACCCCUCACUCACUCACAAAAACCAAAAAGAAAAUAUUUGUUCUCUGUUUUGCAAUGGCUUUCUCUGUCCCUUCCCCUGUUUCACUCUCAAAACUCUGCAUGCUUCUGUUACCUCUCUUUUUCUUCACAUGCUCCUCUACCAUACUCAACCAUGUCAACAACCACUCUCUCUCUUUCCCUCUCACCCUUCUUCCAAUAUUCACAAACAAACCAUCUUCAUCAAACUCCAACACCAACCUAAAACUCAGAACCCUCUCUUCUUCUUCUACAACUAAAUCAUCAUUCCAAUACUCCAAUGCACUGGUUGUCUCCCUCCCCAUUGGAACUCCCCCACAGGUUCAACCAAUGGUGUUGGACACCGGUAGCCAACUCUCAUGGAUUCAGUGCAACAACAACAAAAACAGAGCACCCAAAAAGCCAUCGUUUGACCCUGCUCUAUCUUCUUCCUUCUCCACACUCCCCUGCUCCAACCCACACUGCGAACCCGGCGUUCCCGAUUACACCAUCCCCACCACCUGCGACCGCAACCGCCACUGCCACUACUCCUUCUUCUACGCCGACGGAACCUUAGCCGAGGGCAAUCUCGUCACAGAAAAAAUCACCUUGUCCCCUUCCCAAACUACCCCUCCUCUCAUCCUCGGCUGCGCUAACACCUCCAGCGACGGCAGGGGCAUUUUGGGAAUGAACCGUGGCACCUUUUCCUUCCCUUCCCAGACAAAAAUCGCCAAAUUCUCAUAUUGUGUCCCGCUCCGACAAACCCGACCCGCACCUGGAACAUUCUUAAUCGGGCAAAACCCGGCCUCGACCCGGUUCCGCUACGUUCCAAUGUUGACUUUUGGUCAAGGCAUGCCGAACCUGGACCCUUUAGCCUACACCGUCCCAAUGCAGGGAAUCAGAAUCGGCGGCAAGCGGCUGAACAUUCCGCCGGCAGUUUUCAAACCCGACGCCGGUGGGUCGGGUCAAACCAUGAUUGACUCCGGAUCCGAGUUCACAUUUUUAGUUGAUGCCGCUUAUAAUAAGGUGCGGGAAGAGAUUGUGAGAUUGGUGGGACCCAGGUUAAAGAAGGGGUACGUGUACGGCGAUGCUGCUGACAUGUGUUUCGACGGUAAUGCAAUUUUCAUCGGACGGUUGAUAGGGGACAUGGUGUUGGAGUUUGAGAAAGGAGUGGAGAUUGUGAUUCCUAAAGAGAGGCUGCUUGCGGACGUAGGAGGUGGGGUCCACUGUGUUUCGUUAGGGAGGUCAGAGAGAUUGGGUGGGGCUGCGAACAUUAUAGGUAACAUACACCAGCAAAAUCAUUGGGUGGAGUUUGAUCUGGUGAAUCACAGGGUUGGGUUUGGUGUGGCUGAUUGCAGCAGAUCAGGGAAGUAAAUAUGAAUAUAUGAUUGCGUGCGUGCGGGUGCAUGUUACUAUCAUGGGUUAGGCAUGUGUCGUUUUUGCAAUGAUGGUCAUGGAAGAACAACAGUCUACGAGUGACGCGGGAAAGAAACGGGGUCUUUAGGGAGUAAACGUCAAUUGUUUUGGACAAUUGCAUAAGGACAAUAUGUCAAAGGCCAUGAUGAAAUCAUGCACAUUAAUUUGAAUGGAACCUUUUGUUUAUAUUCUGGAUUAAAGAAUAGUAUAAAUUAAACCAAUAAUGUUUAAUUUC